GAGGGAGGAGGGCGGAGGGACGCGGAGGCAGCGCCGGCCGGAGCUGACCAGCGGCCGCGGGGAGACGGAGCGCGGCUGGCGGACGGCGCAGCGCUGGGCCGGGCCGGCGAUGGGGAUGUGGACGCGCUGCGGCUCCGGACCCCUGGUGAUGCUGCUGCUGCUCGGACUGGGCAGUUCCCGGUCUGUCAGGCUGAGGGAAGGCUGGCAAGUCUACAGCUCAGCCCAGGACCCCGACGGAAGAUGCAUCUGCACUGUGGUGGCUCCGGAGCAGAACCUGUGCUCCAGGGAUGCACGAAGCAAGCAACUGCAACAGCUCCUAGAGAAGGUGCAGAACAUGUCUCAAUCUAUUGAAGUUCUGAAUCUGAGGACCCAGAGGGACUUUCAGUAUGUCUUAAAGAUGGAAACUCAAAUGAAAGGAAUGAAGGGUCAGUUCCGGCAAAUCGAGGAUGACAGGAAGAGUCUGUUGUCAAAACAUUUCCAGGAGCUGAAGGAGAAAAUGCAGGAGCUGCUGCCGCUGAUCCCAGUGCUGGAACAAUACAAAACCGACAGCAAGCUCAUCCUGCAGUUCAAAGAGGAGGUGAAGAAUCUGUCGGCAGUGCUGACUGGGAUCCAGGAAGAAAUUGGGGCUUACGACUAUGAAGAGCUUCAGCAGAGAGUGUUGAACCUGGAGGCCAGGCUCCAUGACUGCGUGAAGAAACUAUCAUGUGGGAAGUUGAUGAAAAUUAGUCUUCCGAUCACAGUGAAGACCUCUGGAACCAGGUUUGGAGCAUGGAUGACUGACCCUCUCGCAGCACAGGAAGAUAACAAGGUGUGGUACAUGGAUGGAUACACAAGCAGCAAAGUGGUGCAGGAAUACCAAUCCAUGGCGGACUUUGUGAGGGGGGAGGAUUUCAAGCUGUACCACCUCCCCUACCCCUGGGCUGGCACCAAUCACCUGGUCUACAAUGGCUCCCUCUACUUCAACAAGUAUCAGAGCAACACCUUGGUCAGGUACAACUUUGAGACAGGUUCAGUACAGGCCCAACGCAGCCUGGAGUAUGCCGGCUUCAAUAACAUCUACCCCUACACCUGGGGGGGGUUCUCUGACAUUGACCUCAUGGCUGACGAGGGAGGGGUCUGGGCUGUCUACGCAACCAACCAGAACGCAGGAAACAUCGUCAUCAGCCAGCUGGACACCCAGACGCUGGAGGUGCGUAGGACCUGGAACACAGGUUACUCCAAGAGGAGCGCGGGAGAGGCGUUCAUGAUUUGCGGCACCCUGUAUGUCACCAACUCCCACCUGACGGGAGCUAAGGUCUACUACGCAUACUCCACCAAGACCUCCAGUUACGAGUACAUCGACAUCCCCUUUCACAACCAGUACUUCCACAUCUCCAUGUUGGAUUACAAUGCCAGAGACCGCACGCUGUAUGCAUGGAACAAUGGCCACCAAGUACUGUUCAACGUCACCUUGUUCCAUGUCAUUCAGACCCAGGGACACAUGGGAUCCCCUGGGGAAGAGUAACUGGGGAAAACUUCCCACUCAAAGUGAAAUUUUCAAACCUUACCUUUCCUGUUGUGAGUCUUUCGUAAAAUAAUGCCAAGGCUUUUAACUAAAUCUGUAUGUAAACAGUGUGACAGUUCCUGUCUCAAUAUGGCUGCGCUACUGGAGAUAAAUUCUUCCAUUUACUGUAGACAACAAAACUGCAGUAAAACUCUGAUAAUCCAGCAUGUUUGAGACUUUGGUGGUACCGGACUUUGGAUGUAACUCCAAGUAAUAUACCAACACACAUUUAAUUCACCUUUUGUCAAUUACAUAGUAGCUUAAUAAAUUUUCCAAUCAACCAGUUGAGGUUAAAGGGAGGGUUGGAAAUGGGACCCCAGGGAGCUCAGAAAACAGGGCCACUGAAGUUUAAAGGGAACACAGUAAAUGGGACCUUGGUGAGUCUAAGGGGAGUGGGAAACAGGACCAUGGUGAAUUUAAAGGGUGUGCAUAAAACAGAGCCCGGUUGAGUUUAAAAGGAGGACAGGAAAUAGGGCCCUGUUGUGUUUAAGGGAAGCAUGGGAAAUAGGGUCCCAGUGUAUUUAAAGGAAGUACAAGAAACUUGGCCCCUGUGCGGUUAAAGGGAGUGUGGGAAACAGCCUGCUGAGUUUAAAGGGAGCAGGGUAAGUGGCGUCUUGGUGAGUCUAAAACAAGUGGGAGGAGCAUGAUCUUUAAAGGGAGAGCAGAAAUCAGCACCUGGUGAACCAGUUGCUGAAGCAUCAUGAUUUCCAAACAACAGAGUAGCUGAUUAUCUGUGUUUUACUGCAGAUGCUUUUGUGAAGUGGACUCUAUGUAAUCUCUUGUCUCUCUGUGUAAUCUUUGGUUCUUUGAUUUUUAAAAAUAAUGUUAGCCUAGAAGUUGGAUUGACCCUUUUGUUGGAGCUUAAAUUCAUUCCCCGAAAGGAUUCAUUAAAUUGGCCAAGUACAUGAUGAAACAGCACUACAACGGAUUACACUUGUAUUGGACACAGUCCAGAAGGAUCCACCUAGGAUGAGAUGGUUGCAAUAUCACGAGCGGCCAAAGAAGUUGGAUCUGUAGAAGUUUAGAAGAAUAAAGGGUGAUCUUCCUGUAAUGUAGAAGAUCCUGAGGGGGCGUGACACUGCAGAUGUUGAGAUGUACCAUAACUUUCAUUGAACAACUUUAUGAAGUUAGAGCACUGUGUACAGUUCUGGUAGCCACACUGUAGGAAGGAUGUGAUUGCACUGGGGAGGGUGCAGAGGAGAUUCACCAGGAUGUUGCCUGGGGUGGAGCAUUUCAGUAUGAGGAGAGAUUGGAUGGGCUGCAUUUGUUUUCCUCAGAGCAGAGGAGGCUGCAGGGAACCUGAUGGAACUGUACAAAAUUAUGAGGGGCACAGAUAGGAUGGAUAGGAGGAAACUUCUCCCCAAGCAGAGGUGUCUAAAAUUAAGUGGUAUAUGUUUAUAGUAAGGAAUGAGAGGUUUAGAGGAAAUUUUUCCCCCAGAGGGGGGUUGGAAUCUGGAACAUACUGCCUGACAGGGUGGUGAGGGCAGAGACUCUCAGAACAUUUAAGAAGUAUCUAGACAAGAACUUGCGUGACCAAGACGUAGUAGGUUAUGGACUACGUGCUGGUUAAUAGCAUUAGUAUGGAUGGGUACAAUGGUUGUCACAGACUCAAUGAGCCAAAGGCCCUAUCUCUGGGCUGUUUGACUCCAUGAUCCUAGGAUUACAGGAUACACCCAACAACACAAAUGGAUGCCAGCAGAGAGGAAUCAAACAUAACCAGUGCCAGGAUACAUCGGCCUUGUUGAGAAGUGCCUGUUCUAAGUUCCCAAUAGGUGAGAUCAGACUCGGGGAUAGAAACAGAAAUUAAGAGCAGCCAUUCAUCCCAUCGAGUCUGCUCCAUAAUUCAAUAUCAUCAUGGCUGAUCAUGCAAAUUCAGUCCCAUUUCAGCUUUCUCGCCACAUCCGUGAUCACUCCAGCCCUGAGGAAAUGUAUAACUCUUUCUUCAAUAGAUUUAAUGAUUAAAUCGUUAAUACUGUCUAAUCUGAGCAAAAUUGGUUUUAUGUACAGUUUACUCCUGAAAAGCAAGGCACUAAUGGAUCCAAUUUCUAGGUGUACACAUGUUUUUCUUUAUCUAAACCAAUGUUUUUAUAACUCAUUUAAGUAAGAACUGGAUGUCACAAAUGUUUUUAAAUUUUUCUCCUUGUGUUUUGCCUUUUUCAGACAGGACUCAGUAUGGUCAAAUGUUCCUGGUCAAAUUCCAGCAAUGUCUGCGGGCAAAGUGCAAAAAACUUAUCUUGUAGACCACUUGUAGAAUAUUCUCAUUCUUAAAUUGAUUGUCAUUUCAUUGCAUUGUUCUGUCAACACUCAUUCAA